AUUUGGGGGAGUAUUUUUCCCCUUUAAGGCGUUCUUGGGUGGAGUUACAGUACCGUGCUCAGGGUGUUGGAUCCAUUAUAAGGAGUUAUGGAAAACCACGUCACUCUGACAAAAUCAGUUUCACCUCCCUGUGUUGUUGACAGAGGAAGGAUGUUGCACAUGGCUCAGAUUUGAUGGGAGACCGGUUCACAGUACAGUUUGACAACGUUUUCUAUCACUGGACAGGAGACGAUCGACCAGCCCGACUUUAGGUGAUGGAGAAGUAGCCCGCAUUUUCAUGCUUACGACUGACUACAAUGACGCUGUUACCGCUUCAAUGGAGCUGACUUGCACUGGAGUUUUAUAUCAACAUCUACGGGAUAAUAAUAAUUGAUAAUAAUUUAUAAAAGUAAAAUUUCCGCCAAACAUGGAUGGAAAUCAGAAGAACUACUGGGGACAGCCUAACCUGAACAGAGUGGGCUUUGGCCUGAGUGCUGACAUAGAGCACAACCUGAGGGAGCUUCAACCACCGCGGAUAGCCAAGGAAUUUCACCCCAACAUCUCCUUCUCCCAGUCUCCCUUCUGCUCAGAUUCUUACCGGCUACCAUCAGAUAACACACUGCUGCCAAAUGAAGGAGACCAAGUGGUCCCUUCUCCUCAGAGACGAGCAAUGUUUGGGGGCCAUCAGAAAGAGGCAAAACCCCUCCCGCCGCUGCCUGACCCUGAGGAGUUCAUGUCAGAUGAAGCAGCUGAUAGUGAGGUUGAGUUCUUUACCAGUGAUCGCCAGCGCCUUUUACCUAAAAGCUGCCCUAAGGCCAUCUGCAGGGGCAGCAGCAAAGACUAUGGCAAAGUAAAUCAUGCCUAUCAGGAGAACUCAUUAAGGGAUGGGGGCGCAUGGACUGGCUCCUUCGCUUUGUCUUGGCCAAGCAGAGAUGACAGGCCAGUGAGUAGUGGAAGCAGGUUUGGAGCUAAAAACUGGUCCUUUGCCCUCCAGAGAGAAGACAACCAGCAUGCAGAGUCUGGCAUCAGGGAUGCUUUUGGAAGCAAACAGCCAGAACAGCACAACUCAUCCAGAAUCCGAUUUUCGUGUUCAGGUCUUCCUUCUCAGUCACAAAACAGUUUCCCAACUCAGCCCACUGAAAAGCCCCAAAUCCCUCCUCGUAUCCCCAUCCCACCUAAACCCUCAGUUUUUUCAAAAACAGUGAGCGCCAACGAGGAAGACAAGCCUCCCAAAAUCCCUCCAAGAGUCCCUUUAGUCCCACCUUGCCCACCACGCACCCCUAGCCCCAAAUGUCUCCCAAUUUACAUCAACGGAGUGAUGCCUGUCACACAGAGUUUUGCUGCUAACCCAAAUUAUGUAAGUAAGGCAUUACAAAGACAACAGAGUGAGAGGGCACCACCUACUGCACAGCUUUCUCCAUGUAUUGUUCCGAUUUUGAAGGAUGGCAAGCAGGCCAGCAAUACACACUACAUCCUCCUGCCGCCAGACCGACCGGCACACACACACAGACGAGAAAGACUCCUUAGCGAACCAAACAGGACCGCAAGUACCGGCAUCUGGCUGAAACGGUAGAGAUCCCCACUGUUUCUGAAACACUGAAGAGUAAAUAAGUGACUUACAUCAUAAACCCUAUUGUAGUGUGUAAGAAAAAUGGGUACUCACGUUUCUAAUAUCACAUUGUUACUCUUUUAAAUGACUUACGCAUUUGUUUUAUGCAACUGUGAGGUUUUUGUCUGUUUGUGACUGAACAUUUACCUAUCAGUAUUCUGGAGAUGCUUCCUCUUGUUCAAUCUACAACUCAGUAUUAACACUAAUACUGGAGAGACAUUUAUCUCCUGGAAGAGUUUCUAUUUUGACUGAAGCUGACUUUGAUAUUGCAGCGUUAGUUUUUAAAGCCCAGCAGCCACAUGCUCACGUCACUAAAAUUAGCCUGAGCUAAUACUGUAUUUCUUAUUGAGGGUAAAUGAUCAAAGGUACAAGCUGGGCUUGUUUCAGACUCUUCAUUUAAUGUGUUAUUAUUAUUUUUUAUGAGAAAAAACUAAUUUAUUCAUAGAUUUCAUGUUUUGCCAAAUAAUUCUCAAAUUUUAUGUACGCUAGACAUUGUAGAAUAUGGUCAAUACUGAUACAGAAUCAGAUCCUGCUUUGAUCAAUAAAGGCAUUAGAUACUUCACCUGACCUGGCCCAUGCUUUGGGAGGUUUCAGUAGAUUCUUAAAAUCUUUGUAUUUUCUUAAAAUGCAUUUGCAUUUCUUUUACACAGAUUUUAACUUUUAAAAAGUUUGAUCUUUGGACUUUGGUUACAUCCAGCAGCAUUUUACCUGUUAAAUACACUCUCCUGUUAAAUCUAAUGGGAAAGUGUGUCCAAACUUUUGACUGGUAGUGUAUGUAAAUUACGCCUUCGUGUAAAGGUUUGAUUCAUUGUAAUUUGUGCAGAUGUGUAAAUUUAGUCCUACAUCCAGAGAUCAAAACACAAAAUUAGAAUUAAAAUUCAAACUUGAUUAAAACUUGAAGUUACUUAAACAUAAAAUCACUAUUAAAUCGCUAUGAGAAAUCAAUUUAAUGAUUUUUCUCAAAUGUCUAUAUAGUAAAACAGUAAUGGAUUUGAUCUUUAGUUAUGUUUUUUUUUUUUUUUUAAUUUUGUGGAUGGGACUGAAAUCAUGUCAUGUUUACACUGCUGAAGAUCAGGUCCAUGUUUACAACCUUUGUUACACCAAACUGUUGGAAAUUCUAAUGAAGGUUACAUAGUAAAGGCUGGAAGUUCAUUAUUUUGUGUAAAUAAUAAAUUGCUUUUUAAUCUAUUUAUAGAAAUAAAUAACUUAUUCAUUCUA